CACAGAAAUAAUCCUUGUUCAAUAGUAUUUUGGAUUCAAAUUGGAAAGCUUAAGAAUAAAAUGAAAUAUUAGGAAAUGAAAAACUAAUGUUACUGCUUCAAACAACUUUCUACUACUGUAACGUAAAACCAAGGCCGGCAUGGGCUCCUACUCUUCGAACUUUCUCCGCUUGCUUUCUUAUACAAAACGCCUGACCCACCACGUCAAUCAAGGCCGCCAUCACCAAGCUCUUGUCCUCUUUCAAGAAAUCCACUCUUCUUUAUCUCAUUCCUUAGACCCUUUCAUUUUCCCUCUCGCCCUCAAGUCCUGUGCAUUCCUCCACUGCCCGCUUCUUGGCGCGUCCAUCCACUCCCUUACUCUGAAAUCCUCUUUCAUUACAAAUCCAUUUGUUGCCUGCGGUCUUGUCGACAUGUAUGGAAAAUGCGUCUCCAUUUCCUCUGCUCGCCAACUGUUUGAUGAAAUGUGUGUAAGAAACGUUGUUGUGUGGAACUCCAUGAUUUCGCUGUACACGCAUUCUAAGAAUAUGCAGAAUGCCUUGCAGUUGUUCGAGGCGAUGGAUGAAUUGCCUAAUGCGUCGACUUUUAAUACGAUUAUCAUGGGUUGGUUGGAAAUAGAGGGGAAGUUGUUUGACGCGCUGGCUUUCUAUAGAAAAAUGUGGGAGAUGAGUUUGAAGCCGAACUUAAUUACACUGCUUGCUUUAUUACGUGCUUGUGUGGGGAUUGCAGCAUUGGAUUUGAUUAAAGAGAUCCAUGGCUAUUCAAUAAGGAAUGAUGUUGAUGCACAGCCGCAUUUUAGGAGUGGCCUAGUGGAAGCCUAUGGGCGAUGUGGGUGUCUUGAUAAAGCACAUCUUGUGUUUGAGAGCAUCGGCGAAAAAGACGUGGUUGCCUGGAGCAGCCUCAUAUCUGCCUACGCACUGCAUGGGAUGGCCAAUAAGGCACUCGAGAUAUUUGAACAAAUGGCAAUGUCAAACGUAAAGCCCGAUGAGAUCACUUUUCUUGGAGUACUGAAGGCAUGUAGUCAUUCGGGAUUGGCUAACGAAUCACGUAUGCACUUUUCUCGAAUGCAUAGUUAUUAUGGCAUAGAACCAAAUGGGGAUCACUAUGCUUGUCUAGUGGAUGUUUUGAGUAGAGCUGGGAGACUAUACGAAGCAUACGAAGUUUUAAAAGGGACGAAAAUAAAAGCAACUGCAAAAGCCUGGGGAGCGCUUCUUGGAGCUUGUCGAACUUAUGGGGAAGUGGAACUAGCAGAAGUAGCUGGUAGGGCUUUAUUUGAAAUAGAACCAGAGAAUCCAGCUAAUUAUGUACUGCUGGCACGAAUUUAUGCUAGCAAGGAGAAAUAUGAGGAAGCUGAAAAGGUUACAAGAGAAAUGAAGGAGAGAGGGGUGAAGGCGGUACCUGGUAGUAGCUGGGUUAUCUAACAAAGUUGAUGAAUUAAGUGAUUCAGUGAAGAAACAUGAGAUUGAAUAGAAAAGACUAGCACAUGGCAGUUGAACUCUGAGGGAAUUAUAAAUAUUACAAUCGUGCAAGCAGGUCGUCUGCAUUUUACCUGAGAACGAAAUAUCAAUGAUUCAGGUAGCUGCGAAGAAAGAGCAAUGGGCAAUGUUUCGUCUGCCAUAUUGUUGUAACUGAUUAAAAGCAUGCUUUCCUUGAACAGAGAGAGAGAUCCAUCCAUAUAUCCUAUCCGGUUUAGGUUUUUAAAAAUGAAUCGAUUGCUUUCUACAUUUAAUUCAAAGAACUGUGCUUAGCCUCCCUCCUCAUGAAAUGGCUCCACUGUAAUUUAUGGCAGAAUCCAGUAGCUGGGAAGGGGCCUAGAAGCGCCUACUACUUGCAAAAUUUUGAAAACAUUAAUAAAAAUUGAGCACUUGUUUGAUUUUCA